AUGAUACUUGGACUCAGAGCAGUUCUGCUAGCUUUAGCAGUAAAGACAGUAUCCGCACAAUAUGGGCCUGGUGGACGAUACGGCCCAGGCGGGUCGAGCAGUAACAGCGACGGUAGCGACGCUAACGGAGCGUUCGGCAGUAGACAGGGCGGCCCAUCACAGUCAUUCGUAAGCAGCCGACAGAAAGUGCUCAUCGCACACGGCGUCCUAGCUUCACUGGCCUUCGUUAUCCUUUUCCCUGUUGGUAGCAUCCUUAUUCGUCUUGGCUCCUUCCGCGGUGCAUGGCUCAUCCACGGCCUUUUCCAGGUCUUCGCAUAUCUGGUAUACACUGCAGCGGUUGGGAUCGGUAUCUGGCUGGCCCAACAAGCCCCUGCUGAAGUUGGCCUCCUUGACAGCUACCAUCCUAUCAUAGGCCUUUUCCUAUUCGCGACAUUGAUCUUCCAGCCCAUCAUGGGGUAUGUCCACCACUUGAAAUACAAGAAAUACCAGCGCCGCACGCUUUGGUCCUACGGACACUUGUGGCUUGGGAGAGUCGCCAUCACGCUGGGCAUGAUCAAUGGAGGACUGGGUCUGCUUCUUGCAUACGACGCACCAUUGGGGUUUGCACCUAGUCAAGGCCAGGUUAUUGCUUACGGGAUUAUUGCUGCCAUCAUGUGGCUGCUCUAUGUCACUGCAGCCGUUAUAGGGGAGCGAAGGAGAUCAAUCGCUGGGCGGAAAAUAGACGAUGAGACCGGGAAAACACGGUUGCCGCACUCCCCAUAUCUGUUCGUGCAUAUUGCGAAAAUGUACGUUGGUCACGCUGAGGUGAAGUGGGUAUAUGCAAUGCCUAUUUAG